AUGUCUUCAGAAAAGGAGAAUGAAGUCCUGUCGAUGUUUUUUGAUGAUGCCUUUGUGUCUCACGACUACCUUGACGCUCUAUUCACAUCUUCACUGAAUCUCAACGCGCCACAACUCAAGAACAAGUCUGUGACAUUCGCAUCGCCAAACUCUCUUAAAUCAUUACAAGGUAAAUGUCUCUCGCUUUUGACACAUCUAGACUACUAUACCAACGAGCUGACGCGCCAAUUUGAGAAGAAACUUCAGGAUUUGCAUAAUUCGUCAUCCAUAAUAUCCUACGCCUCAGAAAAUAGUGGAGGUAUUACCAGACUGGAGUACUACGUGGAGUAUCUAGCUUCUUCUAUUAACUCUCUCAACAGAGAUAUGGAUGACGUGAACGUUAAGUUGAAUAAUGUACGGGAGCAUCCAGAAUCACAGGAGUUGAUCAGGAACAUUCAAACGCUCAACUUAGUGAAAGAACGUAUUCAAGCGGUGCUGAAUAUAUUUGAGACUGUCCAAGCAGUGGUGCUGACGAGUGCGAUUGAAGAAGAGAAGUCGAAUGGCGCGCAUCAGACUUCUUCAUUAGCACCAACAGGGGCCUCCUCUGAAGAGGCAGCGACCAAUGUCUCACUAGACACGUUUUCGUCCUCACUCAACAUCUUGGAAGAAACCAUCAUGGAACAAAUACAAAAAGAUAAAGGUUUAGGCGAGGUAAACAAUGACCUCUUGGAGAAAAUACAGGUUUUAGUGGAUUUGACGCCCUUUUUCAAGAGCCUAACAAGGUUCUACCCUGUCUAUGCUGAUUUCGCCGAGUUCCUGAAGAACGAGAACAAACGGUACCUUGCAAAAUUUAAUAGAUAG